AUGGGUGUUGAACUCAGCAUAGACCGCCUAUCUGCGAUAUUACCGGUCGUUGGCGGGACAAAGAAGUACAAACUGGUGAAUCACUGCGCGCUGAUGUUGGCUUACAAGAUUAUUAUAAACCCUGGAUCGAAUUAUUCCGUUCCUGAAAGGCAGAUGUAUGGUCUCAUACAAAUUGGUUACACAGUCGAAAUCGAAAUUACGAGAAAGGUGGGUUUAGCCGUAGCAGUCAGUUUUGCCAUUGAUAAGGUAUCGAAAAAGCGCUACCCCCAAAGGCAGAUGGACAAGGCUUUAUCGUUCGUACGGCUUUCUGUGGGACAAGAAGAGCGUGAUCCAAAAAGGCCGUUCGCCACUGGAAAACCAGUAGGAGAGAUCAAAGGCGAGACCGUAAUGAAGCUGAUUGCCGUCGAGUAA